AUGACCUCGAUUAAUGAGGAAAAGCUGUUAGGCUAACUUAUAUAAAAAUUGUUACUCAAACUUGAAUACAACCCAAGAGCAUAGUAAUUGAUCACAAGAACUGAGUAAUUAAAAGAAGAACAGCCAUAAAUUACCUAAUUCUUGAUGAAUCUUACAAAUUUUAAGGACACAUUAAGAAUCUCAAAUCAGGACACAUAAUUAGUACAAGCCUCAAGAACAAGUAGUACCUACCGACAAAUUAGAAAUAACUCAAUCAACACUGAAGGCUAUAGAACUAUGAGAUCUUUUGAUCGUUCUCCCCUGUCUCCUUAACCAUUUGAAGACCGGCUUUCUGUUACUCAAUCUUUAUCGAAUCAAUAUUACAGACCAAAUUCAUAGGGAAAACCAAUUAUUGGGGAACCUAGUCCUCCUCCUCCUAUGAGAGAAAUUUCUUAUAAGUUUCAUUCUGAGUACCAUGGUAUUGGAGCUUAAGUUAAAGGAAAGCAGGUCAAAUAAGUGUUAAAUACUGAAGGCAAUUUGGCUUUGAUUGGUCCAUCAAUAUACGGAAAUGGUUUGAUUCGAGAUAGUAAUCUCAAAUUAUUGAUCAGAUCCUGUUAAAAUUAAAACAUAAGAUAUCCUAUGGCCUUGGGAAUAAGCGAUUAAAAAAGAGUCAAAGAAAAACUAUAUCAAAAGGAUUCAGAAGGAUGUUAUUUCCUGAAUUCUCAUGGAUAUAUUACCUCUGAGAAUUAGAGUAAAAUUAAGUGUGGGAAACGCUUUUAUAAUGGAAGCUAUGUGGAGUUGAAGUUCAAGCCUUUCUAAAGUGAGUUGCAUAUAACCAUAGAUGACGGAGAGCCCAUAAUAAUUAAAAUUUCAUUAAGCCAAUCUAAAUUGAUUUAUUUCACUGUUAGAUUAGGAGAUUUGCAUGAUGCUAUUGAGAUUAUGUGA